UCGAUACAUCGCCGCCAUUAUUAUGCGAUCGAUAUUAAUGGCGGCAAGUUUGAAUACGGAUGAAUAGCGCCUUGCGUCAUUUGGUUUUUGGUAAUCUUCAAGUAAAACUCAAACGCGCAAUUCAUUGUAAAAAAUAUCAAAACGAACGAAUUGUGAAAAAGGGGUGGCAAUAGAGUUGAAUAUUCGUCAAAGGAAUGCUUCUUCAAAUGUAGAGAAACGUCAAAAAUCGGAGAAUUCAUACUGAUGGAGCUUGAUUAUUAGCAAGUUUAGCGCAAUUGCACUCUUUCACCACUUCUCACAAUGCCAAAAAAAGCAAUGUUUCGUGUGCCAAACGCAACUGCAACCCGAAUUGGACCUGGAAAGAGUUCAUCUGAAAGUCAAAGUUGUUCUUACGGAUCAUACGAAUGCAAACAACAGAGCCUUGCGGGCUACGCUUAUUGCUCCAGACAUAUUUUAGAGGAUAGUUCUGCACCUUACAAGCAAUGCAGUUUUGUCUACAACAGUAAUGGCCGUAAGUGCCAGAACCCGGCAUUGAAAGGUGAUCGAAGAGAUCUUGCGUACUGUUCAGAGCAUGCGAGAAGGGCACAGUUAGCUCGCAUCAAGUCCACAUCGCGGCAUUCGCCACCGCAGACCCCGGAAACUCUGCUUCUUAAUCUAAGCCACUAUGUUAAGCCAACAGAUUCUAGUGCAGAGGAUACAGAGGAAGAAGAAGGAAAGGUGAAGGUUCUGGAUCCUUUUGCUGAAAUUGAUGCCUAUAGAAUAAAUGCCAGUGGUUGUGAUGUCCUUGACUAUGCAAGCUCUUCGGAUAGCGAUGUCGAACCUGUAGUUGUCAGCGAAACUUUACGUGGUGCAUUCCUCGACGAUAGCGAAGACGAAAGCCUCCAAAGUUCGCAGGAGGACCCACUUAAUAUUAAUUUUUUAAGGCACGCCGGAAUCUUCACCGCCGAAGAGGUGAUAUACAUAGCAAGGGAAAAGCUCAUCAGGCUCCAAUCGCUCUACAUUGACCAAUUCAGAAGGCUGCAUCAUAUAUUCAAAGAAAAACGUCGAAAGUACCUGCACACAGUGAAAAAGGAAAAAGAAACCACCUGUAGCAUUCACGAUCAGCCGAAAGAAACCGCUAAGGAAAAAAAGAUUUAUGAUAAAUUAAAAGCCCUGAACUCUUACCACAGGCGGAGUGGCGUCGAAGCUAUCCUUUACAAAAAAUCGUUGGAGAGGCGAGCUCAGCAGGCAACCGAGGGUCCAGCGCAGAAGCCUCCCAACGUUACGAAGUGCAUUUUCACCGAAGGCGGAGUGAAGUGUGGGGAAAGAACGCUACCGGCAGCAAGACAUUGCCGUAAACAUAUACUAAAGGAUCAGCAUCAAGUAUUGUUCAAAGCCUGUGGAGCUGUUAGAGCUGAUAUAGAAUGCCACGAGCCUGUCCCAGUCGUUUUCGAUUCGUCGUGCGUCUUUCACAUGAAUUUACCGCCGCCUUUAAAACUUGAAUCUAUGGUGUUUGAAGAAGCGAAACCCAUUAUAAAGGAAGCUUCAGUAUUGGAUAACCAGUCGAUGGAGAUAGACGUAGUUGGAGAAACUCAAGAAAUAGACCCAGAUGACGAUAUGGCAGGAUUAAUGAGAGAGAUGAACGAUGCGGCGGGUAAAAAAGUAGCGUUCAAUGAUAGCUUAAACAGUGAGGCCAGCACAGAUACCGCAUUCAGUUUAACCGCACAGCUAAGCGACAAAGACGAGCUUAUUCUAAUUUGAUGACUAUUGAUUUUGAAAAGAAAAAAAACUUAUACUUAUUUACUGUACAAAAGUUCAAACGGACUAAUUUGUUUUAUAAAAUACCAUUAAAAAUCUGCCGAGCACUGUUUCCAGAUAAUCUAUUAUUAAUUACUUUCUUGUUUUCGAUCUGCAACAGUUAGUUGCUGGUUUUUAAAGUCUAUCAGAAAUCCCAAGAACCUAGAAACAUUAGUCUUUAUAGUUAAGUGAUAAGGCAAAAACUUCUAAAAUAUAGCAACUUCAUUUUAAGCAUGACCAAUCGAUUGUUUGUUCAACUUGUAAAUAAAUAAUUAUUAAUACAAUCA